UUUUAAAAUAUGUCACAAAAGUUCAAGGUUAGAAAGCUCAGAGAGUAAAAGCCAGAAGAUUUACUUAAGGAUUUAGAGAAGCUUAAGUCAGAACUCAUUCAAUUAAGAACAGUCAAAGUUUCAGCUGGUAAUGCUUAAAAACUUGGCAGAAUUGGAGUAAUUGAUUAGUGCUUAUAUUUCAGCUUGUGAGAAAGAGAAUUGCAAAAUACUUAACAGUCAUUAAUGAAUAAAGAAGAAAUUAAGUUAAAUCAACCACUAAGUCAAGUGGAAAACUUCCUGUUGAUCUAAGAGGAAAAAAAACAAGAGCAAUCAGAUAAAGAUUAACCAGAAGCGAAAGAGGUUCAUAAUUUCAAUAUAAAUUAGCUUAAAAGACUGCCAGAUAAUGGAAAAAACUCAACAACUUCCCAUUGAGAAAGUUUGCUUUGAAAGAGUGAUUCAAUUAUAAUAAUAAUAGUACAUUAUUCUUAACUAG